AUGCAGGUCUUUGUUAGAAAUUUUCAUGGCACACAUCGCAGCCUGAAAGGGGUCUCAAGGUUCAUCGAUAACUCUAAGAAGAUUCCCGAAUUGCGUGGGUUACCUUCCAUUUAUAAUACCAAGAGCUCUGCAUCCAACUACAAAGGGUAUAUCAAGGCCAAGAUUCCAUCUGCAAUGUAUUAUAGCCCAGCACAAUCAUCUAGUUCAGGGUCUAUCAAUAUUGAAACAUUCCCAGCAUCAUUUCUGCCAAAAGGCGAUUCAAGAAAAGAGUUUAUCAAAAACCUUAACAGCAAUGACAAACUCAGCGGAGAGCAUGCUCCACCAGUGCUCACGAGCAGAAGUACCAUGAAUCCCGAUGGCAAACAGUAUCAUUUGAGACCGUCAGAUAUCGAAACCAUAAAAGCAUUGAGAAGUGAGGAUCCAGAAAAAUAUACCAGAAAAGCGUUAGCAAAACAGUUCAAUGUGUCGCCACUAUUCAUAUCAAUAGUGUCAGACGCAUCAAAAAAACGGAAGCUGGAGAUGAAUGAUAGGUUACAACAGAUCAAAUUAAAGUGGCAUGAAAAACGUGCCAUUGCUAGAGAUGACAGAAAGAAGAGGAAAGAGUUUUGGUAUAGAGCCUAA